CGCAACUAUUGAUUCCCAACAGGGAUGUAUUUGUCGCGGUAUCUUGCCCCAAACAUAUUCUCCGUUAGUCCCCCAUCGUGAAAUUUGCAAUUAUUCCAGGUGAAAAUUCCCAUUGAAUCUCCACCAAGGCUAAUCUAAGGGACAUCCCGUGGUGCUGAUGUUGCGAAUCACAGUUCUGUACCCUUAAAAACGACACCAUAUCACAGUGAAAAUCUCGUGUCAAUUGUGGGUGGAAGGUGAAAUCUUUGGAAAAUAAUUUUUCAGAACUUCAAGUGUUUGGUGCGAAUUAAAUUACCGGCAAAAUCCAGUGCGUGGGUCAACGCAAAGGGAAAAAAUGAGUAAAUAUCAGCAAAUCUCAGCACAUGAUGGUCAGAGUCAGGAUGAUUCGUUGGAGUAUUUUAUAAAAUUUCCAACAUCCAAGAGCGGUGGGGGUGCAGAACAAAAUGGAACUUCAUCGGAGGCAGAUUAUGUUUUUAUUCACAACGAAAAUACUGUUCCAAUUGUCCUUCUACUUGGUUGGGCAGGAUGCCAAGAUAAAUAUCUUAUGAAGUACUCCAAAAUCUACGAAGAUCGAGGAUUAAUAACUGUUCGCUACACAGCGCCUGUGGAGAAUCUCUUCUGGAAGAGAUCAUCACUAAAGGUGAUCGGGGAGAAGAUCCUCAAAUUAAUCUACGACAUGAACUUCGAUGCGCAUCCACUUUUCUUUCAUGUUUUCUCAAAUGGCGGUGCCUACAUGUAUCAGCAUAUUAACUAUGCCAUGCGACGCUCAACUCGACCUGUUCAGGUGUGGGGUAUGAUCUUUGACUCGGCACCGGGUGAGCGUCGCUUCUCGAGCCUCUAUGGUGCUAUUAGUGCAAUUUAUGGCAGGGAAAGAUCAUUCAAUUGGCUCGUUUCCUUCCUCAUUUCCGCCACAUUGACCGUUAUGUGGCUAAUUGAGGAUGUUUAUUCGGUUAUCAGGAGUUUUUGGAACCCCCACGAGCCACCUCUGUGGAAUCCCAUGAAGAAUCUCAAAAAUGCUACUCAUUCAUGCCCACAGAUGUUCUUGUACUCCAAAGAGGACACCAUCAUUCCGUAUCAGGAUAUUGAAAGUUUUGCAGACUAUCGACAGAGUAAAGGGGUUUUUGUGAAGAAGAUCUGCUUUGAAAAGUCUGAGCAUGUGAAACACUUCAUUGUGCAUCCGCAGUACUACGUGAAAUGCGUAUGCCGGUUCAUCAGCGACUGCCUGGCAUCAUAUCAGGCUUCUGGUCCAUCGACAAAAAUCGAUUAAAUCUUAAAAGAAAAGAAUACUCUCUUUUAACAAUAAUAUAAUCAAACAUUUCUCAAUUACUUGCAGCACACACAUUGCACAACUUUCCACUUUUUAUUGGUGAUAUUAGCAAGAUGGCGGAAGAUCUUUACUUAACUUAUAGUUUUCUUAUUCGAGAGAAGUAAAAUCAAGAGCAAAAGGACAUUUUGUCAGCCUUAAAUAUACCUUUGAUGAAAGAAAAUAUCUAUUGGUUAGCAGAAGUGCAUUUUCUUGUCGAAUUUGAGAUGCUUUAAUAGGAAUUUCAUUGGUAGACAAAUUAAAAAAAAACGAAGAUUGUUGCAAUUAUAGACAUAUUUUCAGGUAUAAAGACAUAAUUCUUAGAGAAGUAAUCACUAAAAAAAUCAAUUCUAGGGUACUUUGUGCCGUGCAAAGCAGAAAAUUAGGUAGUGUAGUAUCAAAUUUAAGCGAAAAAAAAACUAAAAAUACCAAAAAUACUUAUAAAAAUUCUUUAUUUGUGGAUAAUUUAUAUUUCUGUUUGAUGGAUAUUUCAAUAAAGGAUUACCUUUAUUUUAAAAAUUAAAUAAAA